UUAUUAGCUGACCUGUCCCUGCCCGGUAGGCGGUGAUAACGUGUGUGUGUGUGUGUGUGUGUGUGAGUGUGAUGGAGGGGGGCGGAGCCGCUCGGACAUGAGUAAAUGACGUCAGCUUUUCAGGUCGCCGAGCACUGAAACAAACAUGGCGACAGAAUGGAGCGGGCAGCAGGGUUACGUCCUCACUGUCGUCGUCUGCCUGUGGAGCGCGGUCGGCGGCCGGAUGGAGGCGGCGGCGGCGGCCGGGCCCGGCGGCGGGGGCGGGGGCGGGGGCCAGGUGCUCGGCAUGCGGCUGGAGAGGAGCGACAAGCCCUCCAGCACCAACGACGACGGUGUCAUCCAGGUGACCGAGGAGAGCUCCGUGCAGCUCCGGUUCUACGGGGUGCAGCUUCACUCGGGUGCCUGGUCGCAGAUCCGCUUCACGGAGCUCACGGACGGCGGCGGCGGCGGCGCGGACGAAGAGGAUGAGGAGGAGGAGGAGGCGGCGGCGGCGCGGAGCGGCAGCGGCGCGAUGCGCUCGGCCGACAGGACCUGUGCGGAUUUCACGAAGGACAUCAGCGUCGGCACCUUCAUGAACGUCAGCAGUCGAGGCACGUCGGGGCUGCUCGCCGUGCGCGUCAAGCCGCUGCGCAAGAGCGAGCCGCGGAAGGAGUAUGCCCUGUGCACGCCGAGCGCGGACGGGAGCAGCUGGGUCCUGCUGGGCCACGGCGACGGGAAGCUGCUGGUGCUGGAGGAGAAGAGGUCCCUGCUGCCCGUGUGGCUGCAGGGCAUCCUCAUCGCCUGCCUGCUGGUGCUCUCCGGGAUGUUCAGCGGGUUGAACCUGGGGCUGAUGGCGCUGGACCCCAUGGAGCUGCGCAUCGUGCAGAGCUGCGGCACCGACAGGGAGAAGAGGUACGCGCGGAAAAUCGAGCCCAUCCGCAGCAAGGGCAACUAUCUCCUCUGUUCACUUCUUCUGGGCAACGUCUUGGUGAACACCAGCCUCACCAUCCUGCUCGACGACCUCACCGGAUCGGGCCUGGGCGCAGUGGUCGCCUCCACCGUGGGCAUCGUCAUCUUUGGGGAGAUCGUGCCCCAGGCGCUGUGCUCCCGCCACGGGCUGGCCGUGGGCGCCAACACCAUCACGGUGACCAAGCUCUUCAUGUUCCUCACCUUCCCGGUGUCCUUCCCCGUCAGCAAGCUGCUGGACGUCCUGCUGGGCCAGGAGAUUGGCACCGUGUACAACAGGGAGAAGCUGGUGGAGAUGCUGAAGGUGACCGAGCCCUACAACGACCUGGUCAAGGAGGAGAUGAACAUGAUCCAGGGCGCCCUGGAGCUCCGGACCAAGACGGUGGAGGACGUGAUGACGCCCCUGGGGAACUGCUUCAUGAUCCAGGCGGACGCCGUGCUGGACUUCAACACCAUGUCGGAGAUCAUGGAGAGCGGAUACACUCGCAUACCCGUGUAUGACGACGAAAGGUCCAACAUCGUGGACAUCCUGUACGUGAAGGACCUGGCGUUUGUGGACCCGGACGACUGCACCACCCUGAAGACCAUCACCAAGUUCUACAACCACCCCGUGCACUUUGUGUUCCAUGACACCAAGCUGGAUGCCAUGCUGGAGGAGUUCAAGAAAGGUAAAUCCCACCUGGCCAUCGUCCAGAAAGUGAACAACGAGGGGGAGGGAGAUCCCUUCUACGAGGUGCUGGGAUUGGUCACCUUGGAGGACGUCAUUGAGGAGAUCAUCAAGUCAGAGAUCCUGGAUGAAUCUGACCAGUACACUGAUAACAGAAACCGGAAAAGGGUGGAUCCCAACAAGAACAAACGCGACUUCUCCGCCUUCAAGCACGACGCCGACAGUAAAGUGAAGAUCUCGCCGCAGCUCAUGUUGGCAGCUCAUCGCUUCCUGGCCACAGAGGUGAGCUUGUUCAGCCCAUUCCAGAUCACAGAAAAGGUCUUACUGAGGAUCCUCAGACACCCGGAUGUCAUCCAGGAGCUCAAGUUUAACGAAAAUGACAAACGCUCGCCGCAGCACUUCCUCUACCAGAGGGGUAAACCGGUCGACUACUUCAUUCUCAUUCUGCAGGGGCGAGUGGAGGUGGAAGCUGGAAACGAAAACAUGAAGUUUGAAACUGGCCCAUUCUCCUAUUAUGGAGUCAUGGCUCUAAGUACACCAUCACUGGAGUUCCGUUCUCCGUCACACGGGGGCAACCUCAACCGCUCUGCGUCACUGAGCUGCACCGAGCGCACUCCAGAAAGUGGCUCUGUCGGCGGGAGCAACAAUCAAAUCCCAGGCACCCCCUUCCAGUACAUACCAGACUUCUGCGUGCGUGCUCUCACUGACGUGCAGUUUGUCAAGAUCACUCGUGCUCAUUACCAGAACGGUCUUCUGGCGUCCAGGCUAGACAGUACGCCGCACUCGCCAGAGGGCAGUCACACUCGUCUGGACAUGUCCAUCUCCCUGCCCCCCGUCACGCCACCGGGGACACACACUCCACUGCCUCUGGCCACACCGCCUGCAAAGCGGCCACCCUCUACAGCUCAGCCGACACCGCCGGGCAGCCGCGCCGCUCUGCCCCAGACCACCUCGUCUUCCUCCUCCAGCCGCAGGCCAAGCCAGUCUCUGCCCCAAGCCACUCCCCCCACCAGCAACCACGCCUCCCUCUCCCAAACCUCCCUGUCCUUCGUGAGUAUGGCACAGUGCACCCUGAAGCCCCAUCCAAAUCUGUCUUCCAAGCCCCAGCAGUCGUCGCCCUCUGCCGGACCGGAGAACGGGCCAGGAGAGACCACCGUUUUGCUAAGUGAGCAGCAGAACUGUGUUGGCCCCCGCAGGCCCAGCCACACACAGGCGCACCCUCACCCACUCGUUCACACCAUCAGUCACGCACACACUGAGAGCACCAUCUAACUGAAAUCCCUGUGGGUAAACUAAACUACCUGUGCAUUCACAUGACACACUGCUACUUGUUCCUGUUUGCUUGUUGUCUCCUGAACUUUUCUGUAAAUGUCAGAGGGAAGCUGAGGAUCAGCACGUCAUGAGUAUCUUUUAAACAGAGAUCCUCCUUUAUUCCCUCAUGCAUGCUCCCGCCCAACCCCGCUACCCCCCAACACUGAAAAAGAUCAAGGCCAGACGAACAGGGAACACUGAGUCAGAAAUGACGACAGAGGUGCGUGUGUGUGUGUGUGUGUGUGUGUGUUUGUGUGUGUGUGUGUGUGUUUGUGUGUGUGUGUGUGUUUGCGUGCGUGCGUGCGUGUGUUUUUUGUUUUUUUUAAGGAUCAGUUUACCCAAAUUGCAAUAAGACACAUUUUCUAACUUUGGUAAAUAAUUUGGUGGUCAGCCUACCGUUGCAAUGACAACCUACCACAGAGUUCUGAACCUGAGGUGCUGUUUCAAAUAUUUGUCGUAAAUUGAUUUCGUCCCAUUUCUGAUGACUGGAAAAUUAUGCACGAUAGCUACCUUAAAACAAAUCUAUGAGAAUUUUACAUUUUAAUUUCCAUCUACAAUUUUCCAAAGUUGGAGAGCAGUAUAAACAAAAUUCUGUCGCCCUCCAUUGCAUUUUGAGCCAGGUGCCUCGAACCCUGUGCGCGAGCUGUGGGUCAGACAAAACAAGACAUUUGAACCUUGGUCUGUGGGAAAUUAUAAAAUAAAUAAUUCCAUUGUUGCUGCCCAGCAGUAUAUACAUCUUAUAUUGUCUGCAAUAUCGGUGCUAUUAUUAGCAAUUUCUUAUGCCACAUUCAUGUCACUUCUAAGUAUCGUUCACAUCAACUUCCAAGUCAAUUAUUUCAACUGGGUGAGUGAUGUUUUUUUUAGAAAGCUUCUCUAGCAGCAGGUUCUCAAGUUCUCAGAUGCUUAGCAUGUACAGUGGGUGCUGUUUCUAGUUUAGCUCAUUGUACACAAUGAUCUUGACUUUUGGUGACAUGUAUGAAGUUAGGCUCAAAAUAUGAGAGGGCUUUCUCCUUAAAGCUACAGUGUGUAAUAUUUAGAAGAACCUAUUCACAGAUAUUGAAUAUAUUCCCCAUAACUAUGUGUUCAUGUAUGUAUAAUCACCUGCAACAAAGAACCAAUAUUUUUUGGUCGACUAAAUAUAGUUACAUUAGGUGGACCUUAUUCGCCAUGUUGCUACGUCGUGUUAAAUACUGUUGCAUAAAACGGUCAAGAAUACGGGCAUUCCUGUUGAAUUUUCAGCUCUGCCAUAAAGUGUCCCUGUCAGUUGCUCAGUUGGUUGCGGUUUGCAACUUUACCACCAGAUGCCGCCAGAAAAUUACAAAAAUUACACACUGGGGCUUUAACUCAAAAGAUUUUAGAGCAACUACCUUAUAAUUUAGUUAAUUUUAUUUAUUUAAUUUUGUUCUAUUUCUGCUCACAGAAGACUUCUAUGCUCUCAGAGUUUUCUAGCUGAAUCAGUUACUGGCCAGACAUACAUGUAGUUCUUUUCUGGGGAAGUAGCUACCAGUGAGGCCGCUAGGGGGUGCUGCUCCCUUCAGCAUUCUUCAACAAAAAAUGCCAAACAUUUGCUGUCUCCAGCUUCUAAAAUUUGCGGGCUAUUUCUUUGAGAUUUUAGCUGCUGGUUAGACAGAAAGUAUUUUUCAUUAUUUCGGACAUUUACUGGACAAAAACAAAUAAUUGAUUAUGCAGGCCCUACAGUAUGUACAUCUUAAAUGUAUUUGUAAUUUGUGUGAACUGACCCUUUAAGUCACCACCAGUUAGGCUAACAGAACACUUACAUUCCCACCUGGAGUGUCCAGACCAUUGCUGCAUCACUCAAACCUGCUUCACAGGUUACUGUUAGAGAAUUUUGCCUCUUAAAUUUAAUUUUACUUUUCCAAAGAUAGAAACCUCCACAAAGCACUGAAGUGAAUGGUGAAGUUUUUCUUUUUUUGCAGGAUUUUUGGCAGGUCUUGUUAUACAUCACUUUUUUGAAUGAGUAUGAUCGUUGGCGUUAGGACGACUUUUAGGAAGGCAGAGUCGUGACAGCCUGGUGUGAACAAAUUCAUUUAUCUGUGUUUCCUGCCUGUGUCUUUGCUGAGCGGUCUGCACUAAGUCAGUUCAACUACCAGCAAAUGGACCAGAUUCACUCGACUGAACAGCUUCUGAAAGUUAAACAAUCACACCAGUGAUGUUGCUUGAUUCCGGUCAUUUAAUGCAAACUGUUGUUACUUUGCAUUAUUCCUGAGUUUCUGCAAACCAUGCUGUACUUAAAAAAAUAUAUUUUUGGAUAAAUUUCACCAAUUCAGAUGCUUCCAUUUUCGUUCCAUUCUAUAUGGCUUCAAAUUCAAUUAUCAGACUCUUGAAAUUUCAGUUUGAGAUGUGCAAUGUGUAUUUAAACUGCAUACUACAAAAUGUUAAUGGCCCAAAAAGAAGUAAAAACAGACUUUAUAUUAACUGUGAUGAUUUCAUGAUCACUGUCAUUUGAAUACAUCUCCGAAUCUCAUUUAAACCUCAAAAUGGAAUUAUAACUUGAGCUCCAGCUGCUGCAGGACUGGACAUAUUUUUAGGUUUUACAUAUCUUUAAAUGAAAGCAAACAAAUGGACUGUGACUCUUUUUAUUAUAACAAUUAAUUUAAACAUUAUAUUGAUAAUAUAUUUUUUGAUAUCAGUUUAUUAACUGAUAAUAAUUAAACUCUGUAAAAGCCAAUCCUUAUUCCAGUGGAAACACUUGAGUCUGAAAAUUCUUUCUUACAGCCAACAGGAAAAAAUGAAAAUCAAUGGCUGCCUGAUUAGCAUUGGAAAAACAAAAUUUUAAAUUAUGCAGGAUGCAAUGGGAAGUAGCCAGCAAUAACAAAUAAUACGUGUAAUUUGUAGUCAAGAGGCCAAAACUUCUAGAAUGACUGGUAUGAUCCUUUAAGUCACUGGUACUCGUGCUGUGAAGGAGGGUGUCUUUCUGGCCCACCUCCCGGCCAAGGCAAGAUGUUUUAAAUAAUUUCAUUUCCAAGAGAGAAAUUAAAUUAAGAUAUUUAUUUUGCACAAUAUUGUAUUGUAUAUGUAUUUGACAUUCAGUUUGUUUCAUUCAAUUUUUUUUUCUUUUUUCUUUUCUUUCUUUUGUUCUUGAAAACACUGCAGACUUAGCUGGCAGACAUGCUGCAUACAUGAUGUGACACCACACUCUUUAUUAUGAACAGUUUCCACUGAUCAUCGCCACCAAAUAUUCACUGUGAAUGAUGCUCAGUCCGAAAUCAUCAUAAGGUCAAGUCAUAAACAGCUGACCAAACUGGACCUGAUGUUCGCUGCGUUACUGUACAUUUCACUACCGUGAAAUGACGGACUGUGUUCAUGUAUGUCACAACUCUUGGCUGGAAAUAUAAUGUAUUUCUCAGCCCCCAAUUUGGGUUGAAAAAGGUGACUUGAAGACCAAGUAACCCUGUAGUUUAAUGCUCACAGUGACAAGUAUGUUCACAGCACAGUUGGCUCCUCAAUUCAAUUCCAUCUGCUGUGCAAGUUUAACAAAGGCAUUGCUACAUAUUCUCUGCACAAGACUACUUUAUUACAGAGUCUGAUAACAUACUGCAACAAAGACCCGACCAAGCUCUUUCUCUCAAAGGCCCUGGAAUGUUUUGAUUGUAAGGCCGUAACCAGGAGUCAAACUCAACUAUAUUGAUUUGUUUUGGAUUUGUCCUCGUUUUUGGUUUCAGCUAUAUUUUCUGAUAAUUUAGUUAUAUAAAAUGAAUUUCUUGACAUUUUGGUAAUUAUACUUAUUUGCUUUCUUGUUGAGAGCUAGAUGAGAGAAUUGAUACUGCUCACACAUCUGUAUGAAGCUGGAGCCAGGAGGCAGUUAGCGGAGCUUAGCAUAGACGACUGGAAAGAGCACUAUUUAACAUGUUGUAUCAUGUUUGUUGUAAGGUGCUCUAUGUAAGUUGAUGCUAUUGCUACAUAGCCAAUGUUAGCAUUAACACAUGUUUAUACCAAUCAUUUAGCUAAACCAACAGCUGUGUCCCAAUUCAGGGGUCACAUCCUUCGGAGGCUGCAUUUAAAGACUGGUUCCGUCACAGUGGCCCGACCGGGCUGUCUUAAUUCGAGGGCUCCUUCAAAUGUGGCCGACAUAUGUGGCCAUUCUAUUCCCAAUCAACAGAGGAUCUAACCGGAUCCUUCUUGGUCCAACCUAUCCUAGGAUUAAUUGCACAUUAGUGACAACGCUAAGGAGCUAGCCACGCGGGCGGCUGAGCUGCACUAAGUGCAGCGGCUCAAAGUAGUGAACAAUGCAAUGGCAAGAAUGGCAUAAGUCUUCUUUCGGUUUUGGUCUUUGUGGUCUACGAAGGCAACUUCUUUGUAGAGCGAGUCAGCUGAAUGAUGUGGCCCCUAAACUGGGACACAUCUUAUGUAAGUUCGGCAUCAAACUUUACUUUUACAUUCUUUUAAGAGCUGUCUUUUAUUUCCAACACUUUUCUGCUGAAGUUAGCAUACUUAUCAGCUAGUCUGGCCAGCCUGUCUCAUCACUUUGUGAUAGCCAGUCACGAAGAAGUAGAGCUGCUCAUAGGAUGAAUUAUAACCUCUCGUCUUGUAAUCAGAACAAUGGCUGAAGCUCUUGGCCAGUGAUCAUCACCACCACCUGCUCAAGGCAAAACAACAACAACAACAACAAACAAACAAACAAAAAAGGUUCAGCCGCAGAGAAAACUUACAAAUGGCACCUUUAAUAAUUUUUUAAAAAUCUGAUAGAUAGAACUAUUUUAUGGCCCUAAAGCCCCAACUUUUUGAUUUCAUAUUUCUCUUUAUAUAGCCUCAUAGGUGAAAAAAAAUUGAUAUAACCUGUUCAUUUAGGAGCAUUAAGAGGUGUUGCCAUCAGUUAAUCGCCUUCUGACUCUAGCUUCAUUUUUACUGAAACUCACAAAAUGUCCUUGGGGAUCAAGCUCUGCACAUCGCCACAUUGGCAGGGAUAGCAUCACUGAAUGCUGGAUGAAAAACCUGAGGUAAAAAAAAAAAUAGAGACAAUAUCCCAAACUUCUGAGACAAAAAUAAAUGCUGAGAAGAUGACAAGUUUAAUUCAACUCUCGUAUCCAGGAGCCAGCAGGCGGUGGCCUUAGCUUAGCAUAUCGUAGAGGCAAAAAGCAGGGAAAAAUAGCUACCUCAAAAGCUCUCUAAUAAAAAUAUUCUACCUCACUAUAACUUAGUAAAACUAAAUAAUAAGUUGUGGUCCUACAGGUGGUUAUGUGCCAGACAGUUCAAAAGCAACUGAUUUCUGAGGAUUACUUGUACAAAAUGUAAUUAAACAGAUUAAUCACGAAAAAAAGUGUUAAUUAGUGAGCUUGGGAUAGGCUUUUGUAAAGCCACAUGGCUGUGGCUCCAGCAAUAGAUAUGAGAGUAGCAUCAAUAAUCUUAACUAACUCUCAGCGAGAAAGCAAGUAAGUGCACAUAUUUAUUAACCCUUGAGCUAACAAGUGUGCCAAGGGUUAAGGAUUGAUGCUCGAGGACACUUACAGCACAAUAGAUUAAGAUUUCAAUGAACAACAAACAUUCCACAGCAUGUCUUUGUGCUGAUUCACACCAGUGGUGUUGACCAUGUCUUUGCUGGGAAAUAGAUGUAGUAUGGAAAACCCUUGUGUUGUUUUCUGCAACUGGUAUUAUGUGUAUGUGUCCAUCGUGACAUUACAAACAGGGGAUUCAUUCAUACACAUUGCACUUAAAACAUUGUGAUGUACAUUUGAAUGCGUGUUUAAAUGAUAUUGCACCUAUUCAACCUGUGCUUGGGUGAUGUUUGGUUGUGUUUCAAUGGACUUACAACGCAGAGAAGAAGAGGUUACGUGACAAUGAGUGAAGCAGCUCAUUCCUCUUGUGUGUGUGAUGGGCCGAGCUGAGAUGUUUAAGCUGCUAGCAUGUAAUCUACCUAUAUAUUUUCUAUGUAUGGAGUGACACUGAAAUAAUUUAAGUGACUGUAAAGAUUGAUUAUUUUGUUAAUGCUAUACUAAAGGAUAUUUAUUUGGAAAGAUACAAAUGGUGGGAAUAAAGGCAUAAGGUAGCACUGAUUUAAAAACACUUUAAACUUAUUAUUAUUAUGUAGCAUAAGUCUGAAAAAGUGAAUAUUCCAAAGCAUUUCUUUUUUCCUUUGUGAUUGAUGAUUUCUGGAGUGAGAUGAUCAAGGCGGCAUUACCCAAAUGACAAAAAUGAGCUCCUGAACUGCAACCCCAACAGCCUAUUGUGUAGCAAUAUGUUAAAAUAUAGAUUGGGUAUAUGCACCACUAAAGCCCCACAUCAACUGUAAUGGGCACAAAGGUUUAUCUUCCUAAUAUAAGAUUUUUUUUUCUCAAAGUCCCACUGUCAAAGUCUAGUAUAUAACUCAAUUGUUUGACUUUUAUCCCCAACAAUCUGCGUUGUUGUUUAUAAAAUUGCCAGCAACCGAAGCUGGGGCCAGGCAGUACCACACAGUGCACAGGAGUGGGAGGCACUGGGGGAGACAAUGGAGGCCCAGCAGCUCAUUUUUACCCCGGGGCCCCCUUACAGGUAUAUCCGGCCAUGGAGAAGAUUGUCACUGUGAAAAACUAGAUUUUAUUCGGCAGAAACUCUCAAUUCUCAAGGUUGAGAGGGAAAACCUGCUUGUUGCAAAUACACAGUUGACAUAGCCUUACCGUAUAUUUAUAGAAAAAUCUAGACCUGCCUGCUGGUUCAUAUAGGUCUCCUGUAGCAAUUGGUCCUGUGCUGGUUUCCAAUGAAGCCACUGGUUGGCUGUGGGAAAUGUGAAAUCAAUUGUUUUACUUAGUAAUGUUUUUUUUAAAUUUUAUUUAUUGUAACCCCUUCAUUUAUUGUUUCCUUUAUUUUUUGUUAUAGAUGCACACCUGGGGUGCUGUUCUGUGAAACGGGCUUCCAGCUGUUCAGGCACAGCUUUUGUCGGGUGACCUUACCCUGAAACACUGUGUUCAGUUCUCUGAUUGCUGUUUGUGUUAUAUUACUGUAAAUACUCUGUACAUGAAGACAUGGGCAUUUGUGUGAUGCUGAGAGAGAUAUUGAAAAUAGAUCUAUUUAUAAUGAGAUAUGGUGUUAUUUUAGGUUUUUAGCUUUUGUUUUCCUAGGAAGGCAUUACAUAGCAAUAAACAUUGCACAGAGUUGACCUCAAAUAAUUAUCCUCUGUAGCUGGCUUCUUUCUGUUUUUGUCAUUAGACAUGAAAACCAAAGCUUCUGUCUCAGCCAUAAUCCUUGCUCCUCUCCUUUCCCAUCCUGUAUCUCCCUUUUCCUUCUCUUCCCAUGCUUCAAUUUGUCACUUUACUAUUUUUCACCCUGCACUUAUUUUUGCUAUGCUCCCGCUGCUCAGACGUAUUGAAAUUCCACCAACUUCGACUUCUGGUCUGACUUGCUAAGCCAUUGUCAUUGUUCAAACCUUUGCUGUAAUGGGACUGGAGCCAAGUGUGUGUGUGUGUGUGUGUGUGUGUGUGUGUGUGUGUGUGUGUGUGUGUGUGUGUGUGUGCGCGUUUGUGCGUGUGUGCGCGUGUGUGCGCGUGUGUGCGUGCGUGUGCGUGCGUGUGUGUCUGUGACUUAUCAGCAGCUCCUGUGGUGUUGUUUUUUAGCCCUGCAGCGGUGUGAUGAUUAGACCAGCCCUAAGGUUAAAUAUUUUCUGGUCCAGAGUUUCCAGACUUUCUCAGGCCAGUGACUUUUCCAUACUGUGUAUCAUUCACAAGUUAGCUGUUUGAGGUUUAAUUAAACAAGCUGAAGAAGAGUGAACCAAAACAUGUUUUGCAUCUAUGAUCAUCCUUUUUUUGAUAUAUUAAUGUUUGGAUUUUUUUUUACACAUGGAGCGAUAAUGAGGCAGUUGAGCUUUGGAUUCGACCAUAAACGCUCAUACUGAAGUGAAAUAUAUAUUUCCCUUUUCAUUUCUCCAGGGUGUAUACAGUAGAUGCAUAAUAUCUAUUUGGAUUCUACUGCAACACGUUUGACUUGCUGUGAUUUUUGUUUUUGUCUUUGAUUGUAAGGGUUGGGCAGAGCUGGAGGAGACUCGAGACUGUGUAACUUAAAAGCAAUGUGUACAUACUAUUUUAUAACUACUGUAAGGCAUUCGAAGAAAUCUAUGGGGUUAAUAAACCUGAGAUAUAUUUCUCUACAGAAAA